GUGAUGUGCAUCUGUCUGCUCGUGUCAAGCUCCAGUCUCUCGUGUCUUCGUGUCUGCAACUACAACCGCGCACAACAGUGCGCCGUCUGUCUUCUCAUCACCACCAUCUACAGACGCCGCCAUCAUGUCGACCCUCCAGGCUUUACAGUCCUCCCUCGAGAAAAUCGUCCUCGACCCGCAAUACAAAGCCCCCCUCACCCUCCUCAAAGCCAUCCGCAAUGGCGCCGUCUACGGCACCAAAGUCCGCUUCCCCCACGCCCUCGUCAUGAUCUUCCUCUUCCGCUCCGGCACCCUCCGCGAAAAAAUCUCCCUCGUCCUCAAAGCCACGCGCCAACACGCCAGUAAUCUCGCCCGUUUCGCCCUCCUCUACAAAAUCGGCAUGAUGCUCCUCCGAAAAGCCAACAACGGGAAAGAGGCGCCGUUGCAUAGCUUUUUGUCUGGUUUACACGGCGGAUACUGGGUUUUCGGACACGGAAAAGGAGCGUCGAGUAGUGUGAAUCAACAAAUUGUGAUUUACGUUUUCGCGCGUGUGAUUUUGGGAUUGGCGAAAUUGGCGAUUCAACCUCCGGGGAAUAAUGCUUUGGUGGGGAGUCAGUAUGGGGGCCACGGCGGGAAAGGUUUCCUGCAAUUGACCGAGGAGCAGAGGGCGCUGGUGCAGAAAUAUAGCUGGCCGGUUUUCGCCAGUUUGAGUUGGGCGAGUGUGAUGUGGUUGUUUGAAGGGUAUCCGGAGACGCUGCAGCCCAGUUUGAGGAGCAGUAUGACUUAUAUAUACGCCAACGCAGAAAAAUGGGACUCAUUACGGAACUUUGCAUUACACAACAAAUGAUGAUGCAGAAGAAGACAGAAAGAGAGAAGAACACACCACCAAUCACGAGUUUCCUGCUGCAUAUCGCACUGCAUUUAGCGUGGAGUUGUUGUUUGCCUUUUUUCACACUACAAACACCAGAGCUGUACAUAUCUUGCAUCUGUUCUCAUGCAUAUUAUUCACAUUUGGAAAGAUCAUUCUUUGAUGCACA